GAUGAGUGUUGAUAAAUGGUUUGCGUUGAACUUGAACUCUUCAGUUAGGAUCCGACCCUGGACCUGGAAACAUCUCCUGUAGGCAGAGUCAACCCAGCAGUACAGGAUGAGAAUGCUUAUAUCUGGAUAUUUUCUAUUCUCACUCAUCUCUAUUUCCUUUUCCCAAACCUUCGUCCUACCGGAUGGCAAAGCCUGUGAGAAUAGAAUAAUCCACGCUGACCGGUUUGGUAAAGCGUAUCAUUUCUCAUGGUUGGAGGCUGGAGAACAUACUAAGUGGGAUUGGGAAGGUGCAAGAAACUACUGCAGAAAGUUCUGUAUGGAUAGUAUCAGUAUAGACAGCAGACCUGAAUCUGACUGGGUCAACACACUUUUACAGAGAGAAGAUAUUCCUUACAUCUGGACAGGAGGUAGAAAGUGCAAUUUCGCUGGAUGUGACCGCCCUGAUCUACAGCCGGCUAUAGAAAACGGAUGGUACUGGGCCUCAACAGGUUCCCGUAUUCCUAGUCCUAAAAAGUGCAGGUACUGUGAUUGGUCUCACACUGGAGGACUUAAAACCAACCAACCUGAUAACAGAGAGAUGAAGCAGGGUGGUAAAGACGAAGCUUGUAUCGGGAUCCUCAACAACUUCUAUGAGGACGGAGUCAAGUGGCACGACGUGGAGUGCAGGCACAAGAAGCCGGUCAUCUGCCAGGACAGCGACGAGCUCCUGGACUUCAUCUUCGGGCCAGAGAAAUAGAUCAAAUCUUUAUUUGCUUGAAAAACAAGAAAUUUGCGAAUUUUGCAUUUUUCAUAAUUUGCUUGCUGCAUAUAUUCUUAUACUGCCGAAAAGUUUACAACUUAUUUAAAAUUAUUUUAUAUCUUAAAUAUAUAUUUAAAUUUAGCCUAA